AUGGGAAGGGCAAGCAAAUGGAUCAGAAACUUUUUGGUAGGGAAAAGGGAGCAGAAAUACAAGAAAAUUGAUGCAUCUUUUCCUGCUGAGUAUGCACAUAACAAAACAGAGUGCCAGCCGGGGAUUCCUAAAACAAGGCGAAGAUGGAGUUUUGGAAGAGCAUCUGGCAAAAAGACAUCUCAUAAAUAUUCUAAAUCAUUUGAUUCAUUUGACACCACCAAGCUUCCAGUGCAGACCGGUGCAGAAAAUGAAGUUCUGCAGAAUCAUGCUGUGUUAAUUGCAGAUGUUGAAUAUGCAGCUGCCACAAAGAUUCAAGCUGUCUUCCGUUCUUAUUUGGCAAGGAAAGCGUUGUCUGCUUUAAGGGGACUAGUCAAGUUACAAGCACUUGUAAGGGGUCAUCAGGUAAGGAAACAAACAAAUGCUACUCUGCGGCGCAUGCAUGCAUUGAUAUCUAUUCAAGUUAGAGCAAGGGUUCAGAGAAUCCAGAUGGCCGAGGAAGCACAUCUUCAUGUCAAAAAGCAACAAUCCAUUCAUAGGAAUUUUACUCUGGAAAAUGAGCUCAGAAGAAUGCGCAGAGAGAAAAUGGAUAUGACUCUCCAAGAUUUCCAGGGAGUCUCAAAGUGCAAAAGUGGCUAUCUGAAUCAUUCACAAAUCGAAAAGACUGAGGAUGAUUUUCCAUCAUAUUAUUCGGAAGAUCUUUCGAGCAGAAGGCGAGAAAAUCCAUAUGAGGAAUACUCAUUUACUGCAAAUAACAGCCCCCAGCAUUAUAUACCCACAUCUGAAUUAAACCCAAGAAGAGCCCCUUCCCCCUCUCAGCAACUUGAUUGUGCAAACCACAUGUCUCAUGGCCAUGAUCCAUUCAUACCAAAUUACAUGGCCAAGACAGAAUCCUCUAGUGCUAAAGUCAGGUCACAGAGUGAACCAAAGCAACGUCCCAACGGUAGCAUUAGGCAGAAAAAUAGGCGAAGGGAA